AUGACAUUUGAACGAAUGAGUAAUUGGACUAACUCGACUCAAUUAGAUAUCAGCAUUGGUCUCACUGAAGCUUUUGUUGCUGGAAUUGGAAAGGGUUCUGAUUGGUACAAGAUAGUCGGUACCUAUGUUUCUUCUCCAUUGAACUGGGCAAUCAGCACCGGUGCCAAGCGGACUGAUAUUAAUACUGUCGAGGAUAUUCGGGGCAAGACUCUUGGUAUUAGUAGAAUUGGCAGGUAA